AUGUCGCUCAAUCACGUCGCCUCGCUCUACACGCCGGCACAGGUGCGGCGCUACCUCUCGACCAUUUCCCUCGCUGGCUUCGAGGAUCGACAGGAUGCGCCCCUCCCGCCCCCCACGCUCGCCACCCUCUCGCUCUUGAUGAUCCACCACCUGACCACCUUUGCCUUUGAAAACACCUCGAUUCACUAUGAGCCAGCCCGCACCGUCGACAUUGACCCGCAAGCCGUCUACCGCCGCUUCGUCCAGGCCCGCAAGGGCGGCUACUGCAUGCAGCACAACCUCCUCUUUCUCAACGUGCUCCGCGCCCUGGGCUACCGCGCCUACUCGGUCAGCGGCAGGGUGUGCGAACCGCCGUCAGACCCCCACUCCCCUCCCGCCUGGACCGGCAACAGCCACAUGGUCCUCCUCGUCCUUGUCGAUUGCCACCUCGCACCCCCGAGCAAAGCGGCCAGCCAGGCCCUCUACGUCGUCGACGUCGGCUUUGGUGCAAAGGGCCUCAUGCGACCUUUGCUCCUUCGCCAUGGCCAUCAGGAGCGCGGCAGGGCUAACAUCACCCACCGCCUCGUCAGGCAAGCCAUGCCCUCGUCGUCUUUCGACUUGCCCGCUUCCGCCACCUAUGCUGCCGAUACUCAGCUCGAGCAUCGCCAUCGCAACCUCGACGACGACGACGACGACGCUGCACGACGCGAUGCGUUCCAGUCCCAACUCGUCUGGAGGUUCCAGGCGCAGGAGGGUCCUCAGGGCGAAUGGACGGACAACUACUCCUUCACGACACUCGAAUCCUUUGCUCCCGACUACCGCACGUCCAACUGGUUCACCUCGACCAGCCCGGACUCGAUCUUCACCAGGACCCUCAUGGUGGUGCAGAACGCGAUAGCCAGAUUGCCCGGCGGCGAGAAAGACGCGCGGCAGAUGUGCGACCAGGACGGCUUGCCGUGCGUCCUCUAUCCUUACCAUCCUACCCAGAUCGCCGAAGACGUCCUCUUUGCAAACAGACUGACCCGCAGAGCUGGCGGUGCCGACUGCCACCAGCCGGCCGAGGUCAUCGAGUUGCGCGACGAGCAGCACCGCAUCUCGACCCUCAAACACGUCUUCCGCCUCCUGAACGACGUCUCCGACCAGGAGGCGCUCAAGGCCAUCGCGGGGACGACCGCCGAGCUCUCCAGCCCGACGACCUGA